CUCUUGUACUGAACACUCAACAUUCGAAAUCUGAUAUCAAACAUAUAUAUUGAUCAGGUUAAUUAAUCAAGAUGGAAGCAAACCGCAAGCGUAGAGGGUUCCUCAAGGGCAAGUUGAUGUCUUUCCAUCGGGCAGCAGCCAAGCCUUCCUCAACUCAUGUGCAAUACACCAGCAAGGUUAAGCCAAGCCAGUCUUCUCCUUCAACUGCUUCAGUAGAAUUCCUGCUCCCCCAGGACUACGUCUUUGCUCAGCCGCAGAAACAGCAGGUGUCAUUUAUAGUUCCGGCCGACAGCAGCCAACAUGAAAACCUUAUCUAUGGCGUGGCUGCUGACGAGAGCAUCGAUAUGAAGGCUGCAAAUUUUAUAUCUUCUGUUCAAGAACGUUUCAAGCUUGAACACUUGAACUCGGAACGAAAAAAGAGUCAAGAUGUGCAGUAGAGGUCACAGCUGGUUUCCUUCAUCCUGCAGCUAGGAUAUAUUAAUUAGUCAUGAUCGCUUUUUACUGUAAUAAAUUAAGCCUUAUCAUCCACAAAGAUAGGUUCAUCAGUAGACAUCUAAGGUGUGUUGUAUUUUUGUUCUAUAUAUGUAUCUCUCCAAACUUGGUAGUACGCUACGUACUGCAUGUGGUUGUUCAGGGAGUUAGAAAUUAACUUGCAAUUUGGCCA